AUGGAAAACUCGAGCGUGAUAGAAGUUUCGAUGAAUGAAACCGUGCAAGACGAAAUCCUAGUCACUUUAGUGAAAGAGAAUCCGGUGUUAUACAAUAAAAAGAACCCGAAUUAUAAAAACCAAGAAGUAAAAAAGGAUACCUGUAAAAUGAUUUCAGUACAUUGUGGAAUGUCGUCAGCUGAAGAAGUAGAAAAUAGAUGGAACCAAUUGCGAAAUUAUUUUGGAAAAAAAUUAAGAGAAAUAAAGGCAAAACCGGCCAGUGGAUCAGGUGGAGGAGAAAAAGCUAAAAAAGUAGAAUGGUAUCUCAUGGGACUUAUGUCAUUUUUGAUCCCACAUAUUAGUCACCAAAGAGGUCGUAGUUCUAUGGGAAAUCAACAUUUGUCUACAUCAUCUACAUUAUUCAAGAUUUCUUCCCCUGUACCACAGUCAUUUGUAAGCAGCAAAGGAUGCAUCAUUGAGUCUGUACAGAACAAUAGUGUAGAUGUUAUUAAUGAUAAUGCUAGCUCAGAAUGUGAGAGUUUUGUGCAGAACGAUAGUGUAGAUAUUGUUAUUGACAAUAAUGCUAGCUCAGGAUGUGAGAGUUUUGUGCAGAAUGUUAGUACAGAUAUUGUUAUUGACAGUAAUAUUAGCUCAAGAUGUGAGAGUUUCGUGCAGAACGUUAGUAAAGAUAUUAUUAUUGACAAUAAUAUUAGCUCAGAGAGUUCUAGGAGCUAUGAUUAUGUUAAAUCAAAGCCUGAAACUAAUUCUGUCCUUUUAAAAAAGAAAAAAGUCAUGCCUGAUUUAGAUGCUUUUGCAAAAAAGAGGCAGAAGAAUGAUAGUGAUGUAGAAAACCUCUUGGCACAGUCAACCUCAGUCGUAAAUAAUCUUACAACAGUUGUGCAUAAAUCUAUUUCUAAAUGUAGUCCUGACGAAAUAAAUGAACAAAAAUAUAAAGCAAAUCCUUUUGCUGAGAGCAUUGUAGCUGCAUUUGAUAAAGUGCCAAUUAUGAAACAAAUAGAUUGUUUAAUUGCUAUAUUGAAUAUAAUCAAAACUUAUCAUCAAGAUGAUUGA